UCUCACCCCUCUUUCUCUCUCCCAAAAGUGGUAGGUCAAGUAACUACGACUCCCCGGCGUCCUAUAUCUUCGCCGUCGUCGUCAUCGUCGCGUCUUCUAGCUGCGCCUGCGUUGGAUGUGGAUGGGCAGGGCGAUGGCGUUGCGCCGAAAUCGCUUCCUCUUCUCGGCAACCAACGCGUCCUCUUCCUCUUGCGGAAAUCUGGAAUUUUGCCAACCUCCUUUCCCGCCGUCGCCCCCACCCCCUGCUCCCAUUCAGGAACCCUCCACCACCGUCCGCUUCCGUCACUCCACCCUGCUCCCCUCCCUCCCCAUCGCCGCCGCCUCCCUCCUCGCCGCCGCCGCUUUCCUACUCCUCGUAACCUUCUUCUUCCUUCGCCGUUGCCGCCGCCGCAGGGCGGCCGCUGACGAGGAACAGUUCGGUGCCUCUGAGAACGGCGUCGGCGGCGUCGAGAUCGACCACCAUGUAUGGUACAUCAGGACCACCGGCCUCGAUGAGUCCACCAUCCGAGCCGUCACCGCGUGGGCGUACAAGGCCGACGACGGCGUCCUCGGGGAAUCCCCCGCUGACUGUGCCGUCUGCCUCUCCGAGCUCCGCGACGGCGAGCUCGUUCGUCUCCUCCCCAAGUGCGGCCAUGCCUUCCACCUUACCUGUGUCGAUACUUGGCUCCGAUCCCACGUCAAUUGCCCCCUCUGCCGUGCGCCCGUCGUCUUCCCAACCUCCGUCUCCAUCGAUUCCGAGCCUGGAGCGAGUACUCUACCUUCCUUCUCCUCCGCUUUGUCCUCCCCUGAUUCCGCCCUAGAUUCAGUCCCCUCUGCUCUAGAGGAUAGCCAUCAAAACGAUGGCCAGCAAUUGGACACUGGUCAAGGCGCCUUGGAAGUGGAAUCAGAGGGGGACUCGUUGGAGUUUGGAGCUGGAAACCGGAUCAUGAUCGAUCAAAUCCCAACUUUUGAGUUGCAAGUGCCUAGUGAUGUCAGGGAACAAGGGUUCCAACCUAUUCGUCGAUCGUUUUCUAUGGAUUCAUUCACUCUUCCUCAUCCCAUGCAUAGGCCAGACUUGGAAGAAGGUCUUAGUGAUCACACAAAGGAACCCACCCUGAGAGAGGUGUUGGAUGUCAGAACCUGGAGAAAGGAGGGUAAUACUUCUGGUGGCACUGCUUCCCUACAGAAAGAAAUUGAAAUAUCUUCAUCGAGUGCUAGUGGGAAAUUCUUCUUGUCGAGACACUUGCGAGCUCGUAGCUCAGUUCUCCCACUAUAAUAGUCCUUAUGACCGAAGUAUGUUAUUAAGCUUAUAACAUGGGGAAUUUUUGUACAUAUCAGUGGUUCUCUGCUAGUUAAGAGCUUCACUGUACUAGUAUCUGUGUGUCGAGCGGAAAUAUAGAAUGCCAACCUUGUCACAUAUGUUGCAUCGGUCAUGGUUAAGGCUGGAAGAGAGUUUUGGGUUUAAUUCGCAGCACAACAAAUGGAUGAUAAGGUUUGGUAAGUCGAGCAUCUGCUUGGAUGCUAAGUGUCCAUAAUUGUGAAUAUAUGUCUAGAAUGUAAAGGACUUUACACUGAUUCUGAUGCCAAUUGAUCAAGUGAGUUUGUUGGCUUUUUUUUUA